AGUGACGUCGCCGUGCGUAGCUCUGGACGGGGAAGUGGCGAAGCCCCCCGCUCCCUCCAGCAACACGAGAGGAGAGAUGGCAACUGCUGCGACUGAAUCUUUACUACGGGCAAAUCGGAAAACGCUGCUGUUUCGGAUGGUCUUGUGUUUAGCAGUGCUGCCGUCGCUGAGCGCCGUGUCUGAGCCGGGAAAAUGGAUCCUGACUGUAAAGAGCAGCAAAUCCGUAAAGGAGCAAUACUUCCCUUUCUCAAAGACAAUGUUCAAUAACACCUUCAUUAAACUCAAAUGGCUCAAAGAACAGUGCGACCCUCCUAUAAACCUGAGCAUUUCAUGGUAUCUGCGUAGCUCUCGUUGUUAUGAUGAGGUGUUCGUCAUAGAUACUGAAAAGGCAAAAGCAUACUUCAAAACUGAAACAGUGCAUCAGAAGGGUGGUAGUGGUUUCUAUGUAUUUCACCAGUACAGUCCGAUUGAGUGCCAUCAGCCCAUGACCAACAACGAUCUGGAACUGUUGAAAUUUGAAAACCCUGUAGUCCUGGGAUCUGAAGAACAACCGACAACAUCAGGCACUUCAGGGAGGAGAAGGAGGGACACAGUGGGAGAUGUGUCGAAUGAUAAAGUUUCGGUUCCUGCUGCCAAGGAGUCAGGCAAGGAUGUGGACAGCAAAGACAAAACUUCAGCACUGAGCCCUACACACCAUGCGGUGGCACAGACAUGGGAGGACAGCCCUUACAUGUUUAUCAUCUGUGUUUUUCAAAUAAACCCAACCCAAGAGACAGAAAACUGGGAAAUCGAGUUGGAAGUCAGCAUGGAGGGGCCGUAUCAGUAUAUCUCAGCAUCUGAGUGGCCUUUGAUGAUUUUUUACAUGGUGAUGUGCGUCAUAUACGUGGUGCUUGGUGUACUGUGGCUUGCUCUUUCUGCCUGCUACUGGAGAGACUUGUUGCGGAUCCAGUUCUGGAUUGGUGGGGUCAUCUUCUUAGGAAUGCUAGAGAAAGCUGUCUAUUAUGCAGAGUUUCAGAGCAUCCGGUAUGACGGCCUCUCAGUCCAGGGAGCAGUGGUGUUUGCUGAGGUGCUUUCUGCUGUUAAGAGAACUCUGGCUCGAGUACUUGUCAUUAUUGCCAGCCUUGGUUACGGCAUUGUCAAGCCUAGGCUUGGAGCAUUACUGCAUAGGGUGGUAGGAGUAGGACUGCUUUAUCUAAGUUUCUCCAUUGUAGAGGGGGUCCUGAGAGUCACCUCGGAGCAUGGAGGCUCCAGCAGACUUCUAUGUGACAUUAUUCUGGCUGUCACUGACUCUUGCAUUGCAUGGUGGAUCUUCAUAAGCCUGGCACAGACCAUGAAACUUCUGCGGCUUAGGAGAAAUGUGGUGAAGCUCUCCCUUUACCGCCACUUCACCAACACUCUUAUAUUUGCUGUCAUAGCCUCUGUCAUUUUCAUUAUUUGGACAACAAAGACCUUCAAGUUAUCUAAAUGCCAGUCUGAUUGGAGGGAGUUGUGGAUAGAUGAUGCUUUCUGGCGUUUCCUCUUCUCUACUAUCCUGCUAGUCAUCAUGUUCCUAUGGAGACCGUCUGCCAACAAUCAGAGGUAUGCCUUCAGCCCACUGGUGGAUGAGGUUAGUGAUGAGGAGGAAGCGGAGCAACUAAUGAAUGAAGCCUUUGAAGGUGUGAAAAUGAGGGGUAUUAAAUCAGAGGCCAAUGGAAGUGUGAAGCCUAAUAAAGUGGAUGAAGAUCUGAAAUGGGUUGAAGAAAACAUUCCCUCUUCAAUAGCUGACGUUGCACUGCCCCCUCUGUUGGACUCUGAUGAGGAAACCAUGACGACAAAGUUUGAGAUGUCAAAAAUGGAAUAGAGCCACAAUAUGUGUACAUAUUGUAAAUAUGUCUGUGACUAAGAACAGUUGUUUUAACUCCAAAACGUAAGCUUUGUAAGCGAUGGAUGUAAAUAUGUGUGAUGUCAAUAAUGAGGGUAAGAAACCGAAUGAUUUUUAUUUGUAUUGCCUGUAUUGCCUGUUUGUAUUUAUAUUUUCACUGGAAUGGUGUCGGUUUCUUUAACACCGAGUGUAAUAUCGCCUUUGACAUUUGUUUACAUAUCUGAAAUGCGAAAUGUGAUUAAAAAACACUAGUCUAAA